AUGAACCAGGCCCUGCCCCCACGCUGCCCCGCCAGUGUGGCACUUCAGCCAUCAUCCUUGGAUGAAUUGCUCGACGACUGUUUCCAGCUUUCCAUCGGCCAAAACCACUCCCUAUGCGAUUCUCGGAUCCGCUACGCAUCCAGCUUCGACAAGUACUUGACUUCGCUUCAUUGCCAUGAGAACUUGGCUUUCCUUAUGGAGAUCUUUAAGUAUGAGUACUUCUACGGCAAGAUCUUCCCUGAGAACCUUUCACAGUCCCGCUGCCAGGUGGGCCAGACUUCGUCCUCGGCAGCCACUUCGUCAUCGUUUUUAAACCGCAGCCUACCGUCGGCCAUCGAUACGCUUCCGUUUCCUACAAAGCAGAUGCGGAGAAAGAGCAGAAGGAGCUCCACUCGGAGCACAGCUUCGCUGAUAUCUGAAUUGCCCUCGGAAGGCAGCGGGUUUGAUUUUGGCUUUGACGAGCAUCUCCCCACGGAAAAUGUCUGGGACAAGCUCAAGGACCAGCACGUGGACAGCACAGACCUGGAGCCCGAGCUGGACUUAGACUCUGAAAUCGACAGCAACACUCUACUUCUUGAUCAGUGGGACUACAUUAUGGCUACUUUUGUCAGAAGAGAUUCGCCGCAGCAGCUUAAUUUGGCUAACCUGACGGUGAAAGAGCUCCUAGAGAAAGACACUCAGGAUGUCAUUCAUAACCCAGCCGUGUUGCUCGAAGCACGCCAGGAAAUUAUCCAGCUCCUCAGAGAAAACGUCUACGGCCUGUUUCUUUCUCAGCAAAAAUCCAUAUCCAGCUCCAGAGCUACUUCCGCAUCGGUAUCUCGCGCCCACAGCAGACACCAGAGUCCUCCCGCAGACGAGCCAAGCUUCUUCUGCAACUCUUCUAGCUGUUGUCAAAAUAACCGUCUUCUUUCACCCGGCUCUACAGCAGCAGUGUCCCUUGGCAAUGGCUCAGCAGGAUCGAAAAGCCUGAAGUGCCAUUCACCAUCUCAUUUACAGCACCCACGUGCGUUGAAGAAGACCAUCCUGCCAACCAGUCCCUUGGCGGAGCCUCGCAAAUCCAUCUCCGACCUCAGCCACGAAGUGGUGUCGCCUGUGCCCGUUGUGAAACGCAAAACCCCAAAGUUCUUCCCUCACAUUGGCAGCAGCACGCCCUCCGACUCCAGUGGUUCGGACUUCUCUAUUUCCAGCAUAAUCUCGCAUUUCAAAUCCACAAACCCCGGCACUCCUGCCAACUCACGGAGUAUCAACACUUCGCAUCCGCAAACGACGUCAGCACUUUCUUCUGGGCUUACACUGCCUGUUAUUAGUGAGGCUGACCAGUUGCGGCCAUCUUCCACGCUGGAAGCAAUCACGCAGACCCAGAGCCAUAGCCAUCGUUUGGGCAAGCUCUGGAAACGCCGCAAGUGA